AUGACACUCUCUCUACAGAUUCUGAGUCUUCAACGUUUCAUUCUUGCCUUCCCCACAUCUUUCGAGAAACUUCAGCUGGAGGUUCAAUCUUCGAUCCCUGCAACUCCAAUAAAGUUUUGUGAAGAAUGGGAAAAUGGCAAGGAUUCUUCAGCGCGUACACCUUGCAGUUCUACCGUUGGACACGAUACUCAAUGUGACUCUCACUGCUCAAAGGAUGAAAGAACGAAACAGAACAUUCAUACUGUACAUGGCACUUGUGGCAAUGAGGUUGAAAUUGAUGCAGCGAGGAAAAGCAAGUCAUUACGUUUUGAAGAAUCUGAGGACGACUUGAGUUCCCGUGGAAUUAAACAAUCACCUCAUCCUACCCCAUUAAAAAUAUCUGAUGACAUGCAGACACCUGGGACUGUUUACCCUGCCACAUUCAAAAAUCAACCAAAUGGUCAUAAGCCUCGAGUUAUUAUCAACUCCCAGAUUUUGUAUUCGGAUAACCAUCUGGCUAAGAGCAUCUCUCAGUGCGAGAUACUUGAAGAAGAAGAAGAAAUUGUUCACCUUGAUCAAGACUCAGGAAAUGAAUGCAAGGUAGAAGGAAGCUUAUCAGUUAUUAAGGAGGAGAGACACAGUGGAAAGGAGACUUCACAUGAUCAGAUUCCAAACUUAUGCAAAAGUCCUACAGAGAGACCUGUCCUUGGGAUGGUUGCUGCUCACUGGAAUGAAGAUGAGAAGCUUCAGAUUCCAUCCCCAGAGUCUUGGUAUGACAAUGGCAUACCAAAUACAACGAAUAAGUACAAGGAAGAUCAGAAAGUGAACUGGCGUGCAACACCAUUUGAAGAGAGGUUGGAGAAGGCAUUGUCUGACAAGAGUUUUAUCUCUCAAAGGAACCAUGUAUGUGGAAAACUAAAUACCUUUGAGAACGAAGAUACUGAGAUAUUUCAGCUGCAACCUUCAACUCCUCCAAAUCUGUAGUCUCUUAAUCUCGUUCUGAAAAUUGUUGUAAAUCAUCUUCCCAUUAAAGGUGGCACAUAUACAUCUUUCAUGACGAUAUUUCAAAGGUAAUAUACGUUGCACACAGUGGGUGUGUUUGAUU